UUCCCGCGGUGCGGAUGUCCACCCUUGCAUUGCUAUGCUCGGUCACUCGCUUGCUGGUACGCAUGCGCAUCAACGAGGUUCGGCCUUAUUGUGUUUUGGUCCGUGCUGAACUGAGAAGGCUGGGUUUAGUACUGCAAAUUGAGAAGUGCGUGUUUGACGUAUUGUUGUCGUUCAGUUAGCCAAUGAAACCCCAGGAUGUAAAAUCUUAAUGUUUUGCUUAACCAACCAGGUAGUUUAUUUCAGUUUUUCAGACGUAUUACCAUGAGACGGUCGUGACGCGAAUUGGUGUCCCUGUUCGGAGGCUGGUCAACCCAGCACCCUUCAGACCUGGCCCUGACAGUGACAGACGGACAGGCGGCCUUGUUGUCGCGGUUUUCUGAUAUGUAUGAAUGGAUAGUUAACGGCAUCACGUCGUUCUUUGUUCCACGUUCCCGGCAAAGGACGCGGAGUCCGCCCGGCACCGAGACCCCGCCGAGUUCCGCCGCCGCUCCUCGGCUGCAGAGCCGCGUCAGCCCCGCUAAGAGAAAUUACCAGAGGUCGGUGUGUUGCAGCAUCCAGACAUCAGACACCCAGACUGAAUGUUCGGGGAUCAAAAGACCCAGAAGAGAUGGAGCUGUCAGUAUUGUCAAAAAAACACUGACGGGAGUCACCGGGUUUUUCAGAUUUCAGAAUCCUUUUACUGCUUCUCACUGUGAAACCCUAAAGGUGAACAGCACUUCUCAGGCUCUUCCAGCUACGUUGUCUGGGGAUAAUAACAUUCAGAAGAAAAGUCCAAAUAAGUGCAUUAAAAGAAUGGAGUUAAAUUUGGAUAAUCCAGGUGUCAGUAAGAAAGAGAAAGCUUGGAAGAAUUUUCAACCUAAAAUUGUACCGAUGAUUACAAAACACAAUGGUGCAGCCUUAUGCACAUACAGUGCAGAAAAGUCAAAAGGCAGGAAUCCAUGGAGACCCCUUCAGCUUUUGCCCUCUCCGCUGCAUCUUAACCACACGAUGAUGUCUUCUGCUGCGGCCCCCAGCCGAAGCCACAGGCCCAGCCUAGCAGUGGAAGAGGCUCUUAAAGAAAAUGACAAAAAACAUUACAGAGUGUUAGUAGAGAUGGUAUCCAGCAAAUACACAAAGAACCACCCAUUGCCUUUCAGCAGGGCCAAGCAGUACAUGACCUCUGAUGCUUCAACCAAACUCCCACCGAUAGCAGCUAGCCCCUGUACUCCAUUGUGGACAGAUGGAUGCUUGACAAGAGGUGGUCAAGAAGGAUGGCUUGAAAGCGGCUUUCACAAUUCGUUUAAAGAUUAUGAAGAAAGAAAAGUGGAUAAUCUACUGGAAGUAAAAGAAGUGGUUGGAAGGCUACAGACGAAGUACAGCGAGAGAAUGGACACUUCUGCAUCACUGCGAGUCAAGGCCAAUCUAGACAAUCUUGCACCGAAGCAGCCUGUGGACUUGGAUCUGUCAGACGAAGUUGCUACCAGGUUGAAUUUGAUGGACUGUGAAUCUGCUGUUUUUAUACAACCGGAAGGUGCACGUGCUCAUCAAACACUGGAGAAUAUGAAGGAUGCAGAGGAAUUCCCUAGGCUGACACGAGAAAUGAAUGAAGACAUCAUCAAAGCACUGGGUCAUGGUGACCCUGAUAAGGUGCUCUGCAGUGCUUUCAAACUGAGAAUAACCCAGAGAGACCUAAGCACACUGAGAGAACACAACUGGCUAAAUGAUGAGGUAAUCAAUUUCUACAUGAACCUUGUGAUGGCACGCAGUGACCGAGAAGGUCCCUUGAAAGUCUAUGCCUUCAGUACCUUCUUUUUCCCCAAACUGUACACUGGAGGACACGAAGCAGUGCGCCGCUGGACCAAAACAGUUGACUUGUUUCAGAAGGACAUUGUGUUGGUGCCUUUGCAUUUGGGAGUUCAUUGGUCUUUAGCUGUUAUAGACUUCAGAGUGAAGACUGUGAAAUACUAUGACUCAGUGGGCCAAAGUAAUGAAGACAUUUGCCAUAUUCUACUGCAUUACCUAAAGGAAGAGUACAAAAGCAAGAAAAACAAAGAUCUCAGUGUUUCCAAGUGGACAGUGACCAGUGCUAGGACAAGUGAGAUUCCCCUGCAGCACAAUAACAGUGACUGUGGAGUCUUUGCAUGUAAAUAUGCUGAUUACAUUGCCAAGGGCAGGCCUAUCACAUUUACACAGCGUCACAUGCCAUAUUUCAGAAAGAGGAUGAUGUGGGAGAUCUUGAACAAGACAUUGCUGUGAAAGUCCACACUAGAGGAUACAUUGUUCAUUAUAGUACUGCCAUUGAUAGAACAUAUACCUCUUUUUGUUGAGCACUUGUUAGUACCGGUACAAUAUGCUGCUAGACCAAAGCACAGAACUGUGAAAGGCAGCUCAUUCUCUGUUCUGUGGUUUAAAUUGCACUUCCUAUUAACUGUUCAUGAUUUGUUGUUGUUUGAGGCACAAUAAAACCAUUUUUAAAGAUUUAAUUAGCCUAGCAAUAAAUAUUGCUUGCUAAAGUAUAACCUGUGGAAAUUUAGAAAUGUCUUUGUUUUUCCAUGAGCCCUUACUAUUGGAUCUCUGUGUUAAACUCUGUUCAUGAGACCUAGGUUCUGUACUAACAUCUAAACCUCACAUUUUAACUAACAAGAUCAAAAUAGAUUUGGUCCUUGCUGAAGGUGUUUGUGUUAUUGCUGUGAAUAACAGAAGAUGUACAGAAAUAACAGAAAAUGUGAGUAGCAGUGCCAUAUGCCUAUCAGAUUUUUUUUCUCCCACUGUUUUGGCAUUUUAUUUUAGAAUUUGGCUUCUCUUCCUGCCCACAUCUAAACAGACUUAAAAUCAAACAGAUUGUUGAGGUGAAAAAUAAAGAUGUGCUUGAAGGAGUUAUGUAACUAAAACAAACGGUUCAUACCUGCUUCAGCCACUUUUGCUUAUCAAGAGUUCAUGAGUUUUUGGAAGAAAAUCCCAUCCGAGCUGUGCUUCAGUGUUUUUUUUUUAAGAGAAUGUGUGUCCUUAUUGUCAGAACAAGUGGUGUGAACCGAAUGAAAAGCUGAUGAUAAUUGAGGUACUGCAAUAUGAAGCCACUGCUUUGUACAAUGUAACCUCCAUACGUUUCUCACAAUCAUUUGUGCAUCCAUUUGGAUCAGUAGGUAAUUACAUUAAAACAUAUCAAGAACCUCUUUCAUUGAAUAUGAGGUCGAGAAAUGGAUGCAAGAUAGUGAUAUUCGAUCAACCAUUCUGGAUGUAACAGUUUCAAAAAAAUUUAAACCAGAACUUUUCUUUAAUUAUUUCUCAUUUUGGGUAAAAACACUAAUAUUUAUUGGCCAUAAAUAUUUUAUAACAUUCUAAGGAACCAUGGAUUCUGAUGACUUGGAAAAACUUAUCUUCUGCUCAGCUCUUAUCUCCUUAGAGCUUGAGCUCAAACUCUUGUAGGCAGGUGAGAGAUUGAUUUUGUGUUUGUAUAUUUAUUCCUUAAUAUAAAAUGAAAGUGCCUUAACUUUAAGUCUUAAGGUCAUGCACAUAGAAAACCAUUUGCCAUCUGUGCAUUUAGAUUAGGCAGCACUACUUUGACAUGUGCAACUACUGUAAAAAGGGGUUACCCAACAUCAGUCAUCUCGUUGCAAGCCUUGUGCAGGUUGGGGUCUAUUUUUUUUAAUAAUGCCUUCUCUUAUGUGUACUUAUGUUGGAUAGCAGAGGUCGGCAUUCUUGUUUCAGUGGGGUUUUUUUUUAAAUAGUCUGUGAGUUCAGAUUGGAAAAUAUUUCACAAAUUCAGGAAAUAAUUUAUGAUUAACUUAUUCAGAGUUUGGAUUGAAUGAAAACUGGAGACAGCAAAUCAGGGCUGUGUAUCCUGACUUUAGACAAUGCCGGAGAAUGUAGCUUUUGUUAAAGUUAUUCCAACUGAUUUAUAAUGAAAUCACUUUCUUACUUUUAAAAUAUGUAAAAGUUAUCAAGUAUUUAUUUGCAGUUAGAGUCUGUAUUACCCAUGUGCUGUAUAAAUACUGGUUUGACUCUUAUUCUAUGUCUGUAAACAAAUUCUAGUUUUGUUGGUUUAAAUUUGUGAGCUUUUGGAAAUGGAUGACCUUAAAAUUGUAGGGAGACUGUGAAAACUAAACAGUAUAUUCAUCCAUACAACAUUGUGUACAGUUUAUAUAUAUUAAAGGAGAAGAAAAAGACAA